GUCAGUACACACGUGUUUUCAACGAAGAAGAAAAAAAUAACCGCCAGAACGAUUAUUUCGAAAUAGUGAACGAACGAUUGACUUAUUCUUGAAAUUGAAUAAGUUCUAAUUCAGUGAAUGAGAAGAUUUGCUCAAUCAAAGAAUCAGUGAGCUUGUGAUUGAAUGAAACACCUCCUAGAAUUUGAAUCCCCAGACAGUUAAGAAGAUUGUUGAAAAUCAACUUUCGACACGUGAUAGUUUACUAGUAACGACCUACGCGAUAGUGCAAUUUAUAACCGCAUUUAUCAACGGAAAGGACUAAGUUAUUGGCUCAUUGAAGAAGUGACUAUCCCACAAUAAUGUUGCUGGCAUUCUUGGCACUGAGCGCCCCCCUAGUAACCGUUCUGAUAUGGCUGCAAUUCCGUUACUGGACACGUUGCGGCGUUCCUCAGCUGGAUCCUUCGUUCCCGUUCGGAAACUUCAGCGAAUUCUUCUGCCAGAAGAACGGUAUCCCCUCGACGUACGCCAAUCUGUAUCAUCGUACCAAGCACCUCCCAUUCGUGGGAAUCUAUCUAUCCCUACGUCCGGCCCUGCUCAUCAACGACCCGGAACUGGUGAAGAACAUCCUGACGCGAGAUUUUGAACACUUCCAUGACCGGGGGAUCCAUGUGGACGAGGAAACCGAUCCGAUGAGUGGUCAUCUGUUCGCCCUCGGUGGCGUCAAGUGGAAGAACCUGCGGGCAAAGCUGACUCCAACGUUCAGCUCAGGGAGUUUGAAGGAGAUGUUUCCGCUGUUGGUCGAGAAGGCGACAAUUUUGCAAAAGCGCUUCCUCAAGGAGAUCGCCACGUCGGAAGUGGUUGAGGUGAAGGAACUGGCCGCUUGCUAUACGUCUGAUGUGAUCGCUUCGGUGGCGUACGGAAUCGACAUGGACUCGAUCAACAACCGAGACGAUCUCUUCAGACGGAUGGGCGAGAAGGUUCUGGCGCAUGAUUUGAUUACUUCGCUCCGCUUGGCUUUGGCAUUCUGGUUCCCAAAGCUGAAGGUGAUGCUCGGGAGUAAAUCAAUAGCGCCGGUUAUCCAAGAAUUCAUGACUGAGUUGGUACGGAAGACGAUAGAACACCGUGAAAAGGAAGGAGUUCACCGGAAGGAUAUGAUGCAGCUAUUACUUCAGCUACGUAACGGCGUUAGCUUGAAGCGUAACGGUGUCCAGUGGACGGAGGAUUCAGCGCCCAAAAACGCUAUUAAAAGUCUAUCGAUCGAUGAAGUAACAGCCCAGGUGAUGGUGUUCUUCGUAGCUGGCUACGAAACCUCAUCAUCUACCGUGUCGUUCUGUCUCUUCGAACUCGCCCGACAUCAGGACAUCCAGGCAAAGGUUCAUCAGGAAAUCGACACAGUCCUCGCAGAGCACGAAGGUAACCUCACCUACGCCAGCCUAGCAUCGAUGAAAUACCUCGAGCAGUGCCUGGAAGAAACCGUCCGGAAGUAUCCGCCGGUGGCGAUCCUCAACCGAGAGUGUACCAAGACCUACCGCAUUCCCGAAACGGACGUGAUCGUCGAGAAGGGCACACCCAUAGUGGUCCCUCUAAUGGGAAUGCACCGCGAUCCGCAAUACUUCCCGCAACCGAACGACUUCCAGCCCGAUCGUUUCGAGGGCGGCACCCAGAGCAAAGCAUACUUCGGGUUCGGUGCCGGGCCUCGGCUGUGCAUUGGGAUGCGAUUGGGGAUCCUGCAGUCGAAGGUGGCCGUCGUGACGCUGCUCAGGAAGUUCAAGUUCAGUCUGGCGAACCCCGAGGAUCAGCACACCGAGCUGAGGAUGAAGCCGAGAUCGUUCAUACUGACGACCGAGGGUGGUAUUCAGCUGGUGGUGCAACAACGACAUGUUUGUGAGACAUGACAUGAAAUCAUGCAGUGUUUAGGUUUAGAAGAUGAUCUAUUGAAUAAAGUUGUGAAAUGCUUGUUUCUG